GCUGAUGGUUUGGCUAAAACCAUCACGGAAGACGGUCUCGAGUCGAUGUUGCAGGUGAACCAUUUCGGUCCGUUCCUUUUUACGAACCUGUUGCUUGACAGAAUCGUCGAGAGCUCUCCAAGUCGAAUCGUCAACGUAUCAUCGAUGGCUUCCUACUGGUGUUCGUACAAAGAUUUCGACGACGUUAAGUUGGACAAAACGCCAUUCUCCGGCUGCCAGGCGUACAAUUUGUCGAAAUUGGAAAAUAUUCUCUUCACUAGGGCGUUGGCUAGGAAACUAUAUGAGAAGAAAGUGACCGUAAACUGUUUACAUCCUGGCCUUGUCGCUACAGACAUAUUUCGCAAUGUAGCCCUUUGGUUGGUACUACUAUUAUGGCCAUUUUCAAAAAGUUGUCAAGAAGGUAGUCAGACCACCAUUUACUUGGCUGUGGCGGAUGAAGUAGAGCAUGUUUCGGGCAUGUACUUUGAUAACUGCAAACCAAAAAUACCUCCGAUGAGUGCUCUCGAUGACAGUAAUGUUGAAAAAUUAUGGGACUGCAGCGAAAAGGUUACCGGUUUGAAAAAAUGA